GCAAGGCGGGGCUGCACCUCUGCUUCCCCGGGCCUUCUGGGUAAUGGAGUUUCCGGGGGGACAGCGCGCGGCCCGGGUCUCGGUCGCAGAGCCCACCGAGCUCCGCACCCCCGCCGCUCAGCUGAUCUCUGGGUCCUGGGCGAACAACAGCCUGAGUGGCCGGCCAAGCAGGUGCCGCCGGCGGGGCCGGAGGUCCUGAGGAUGUUUACGGUGUUCCGGAAGCCCAAGACGUUCAAGCUGCGGGCUCUGCACAGGACGAAGAAGUUUGGGGUGGCGGGGAGGAGCUACCAGGAGGUGCUGCGGAAGGGGUGCUUCCACUUCCAGCUCCCCGUCACCGGCUCCCGCCUGUGCCUCUACGAAGACGGCACCGAGCUCACCGGAGACUACUUCUCGAGUGUCCCUGACAACUCGGAACUCGUGCUUCUCACCUCAGGCCAGACCUGGCAAGGCUAUGUGAGUGACAUCCAUCACUUCCUCCAUGCGUUCCACAAGCCACAGGCGGGGCUCAUCCAGGCUGCCCGGCAGCUGCUCUCCGGGGAGCAGGCCCCGCUGCGGCAGAAGCUGCUGGCCGACCUCCUGCACACCAUCAGCGAGAACACCGAGGCUGAGACCAGGGCCGAGGACCCGCCGUGGUUCGAAGGUCUGGAGUCUCGGUUCAAGAAUAAGUCUGGCUACCUGAGGUACAGCUGCGAGAGCCGUAUCCGGAGCUACCUGAGAGAGGUGAGCGCUUCUGCCUCCACGGUGGGCGCGGAGGCUCAGGAGGAGUACGUCCGGAUUGUUGGCCUCAUGUGCCGGAAGCUCAGGGCGGAGCAGUACCACAGCAGCUACUUCGACAGAGGAGCCGAGGCGGACAGCCGGCUCUGCACACCCGAAGGCUGGUUCUCCUGCCAGGGUCCCUUUGACGUGGACAGCUGUGCAUCCAAACACUCCAUCAACCCCUACGGUAACAGGGAGAGCCGGAUCCUCUUUAGUACGUGGAACCUGGACCACAUAAUAGAGAAGAGGCGCACUGUCAUCCCCGCGCUGGAGGCCGCCGUUGCGGAGCGGGCCGGCAGGGAGGUGUCCUGGGAGUACUUCUACAGCCUGCUUUUCACUGCACACAACCUGAAGCUGGUCCACAUCGCCUGCCAUAAGAAAACCAGCCACGGGCUCAGCUGUGACCCACGCAGGAUCUACAGACCCCAGACGAAGCCGAAGAGACGGCAGCCGGCCCGCAAGUGCCAGUGAUGGGCCAAGUGUGGCACCUCCUCCCCCGGCGGGACAUCCUCCCGUUGGGCACUGUUACUACACUUUUGCCGCUGCAGUGGUUUCUGGAAAAACUUCACAGAGCCCUCCUACAAGUUCUGACCUCGCUACACUUCCGAAUCUGUGUUCGCACCUCCGACGGCCCGAGUGCCAGCGGACAGGCUAGCCGUGCCCUGGGGCGCGCGGUUGGCUCAGGAGCCCUUCCGUCCCUGCUGGGCGGCCCCCGCAGAGACGCAGCGUCAGGCCCGACGUGGCCGCGCUGGUCCGAGGCGCGGGCAUUCUGUGUCAGCUCUCUGCUGGGUCUCUGCUCCCGGGCGGAUGUGAGGCUAUAUCUGCUGGACUUUUCCGGAUGCUCCAAAGAGUGGCAACCCAUUCAGGGUGAAAUGUUGGUAAAGAACGCGCAGGGACACGUGCUGCUGUAUGGUUUAUGAUGGCAGAAAGCGGGAAACCCUCUGAAUGCCUGUCCACAGGUGAGUCCUGCUUGUGGUAUCGUGCUGAACCGCGGCAAACCACUGGCUUUGUAGCUCAGAAGCUGUCAGAGGCCAUUAAUUUCUGGGUUCGUCUUCCACGUGGACAUAAGGCACAGCCACGUGGCAGCUCUGUGUGUUUCAUACGGAAAAGGGAAGCUGUCGAGUGCACAAAGCAUCCAGUGGCUUGACCAUGCAGAGGACGAUCUGUUGGUUUUAUAAAAGCCCGUGAGUGUAUGUCACACGCACGUACAAGACAGUCAGGAAACACACCAUCAGGACAGCAGUAGUCCCGGGGGACGG